UUCCCUGGGCUAGCAGGAGGCGGCGGAGGCGGACGCUGGACACUGGACAUUGCCCAGUCUAUGGAGAGAACCACCGGACUCUGAGACCGCGGCGCGCAGGAGGCGAGCUCGGCCCCGGGCUUGGUUGGCUGGGGUCAGCGUCUGGGGGCUGCACCAGGAGGCUACGCGGGUCCCCUCUGUCUCCGCCAUGGGGGACGUGCUGUCCACGCACCUGGACGACAGCCGGCGCCAAUACAUCGCAGAGAAAACUGGAAAGAUCCUGAAAGAUUUCUUCCGGUUCUAUGAAGACCAGUAUGGAGUUGCUCUCUUCAACAGCAUGCGCUAUGAGAUCGAAGGCACUGGGGGGCCCCAGGCCCAGCUGCUCUGGCGAAAGGUGCCAUUGGACGAACGAGUCAUCUUCUCUGGGAACCUGUUUCAGUACCUGGAAGACAGCAAGAAGUGGAGGAAUCGCUUUAGCCUCGUGCCACACAACUAUGGGCUCGUGCUGUAUGAGAACAAAGCUGCCUACGAGAGACAGAUCCCACCCCGAGCUAUCAUCAACAGCGCAGGCUAUAAAAUCCUUACCUCAAUGGAUCACUACCUAGAACUCGUCGGUAACUCUUUACCAGGGCCAGCCCCCAAAUCUGGUGCUGCACCAAUUCUGAAGUGCCCUACCCAGUACCCCCUGAUCCUCUGGCAUCCAUAUUCUCGACACUAUUACUUUUGUGUGAUGACGGAGCCUGAGCAGGAGAAGUGGCUGGCCGUGUUCCAGGACUGUGUCCGGCACUGCAACAAUGGCAUUCCCGAGGAUUCCAAGGUAGAGGGCCCCGCCUUCACUGAUGCCAUCCGCAUGUACCGUCAGUCAAAGGAGCAGUAUGGUACCUGGGAGCUGCUCUGUGGAAACGAGGUGCAGAUCUUGAGCAACCUGGUGAUGGAGGAGCUGGGACCUGAACUGAAAAGUGUGAUAAGCCCCCGGAUGAAAGGCAAACCCCAGGAGAGGCAAAGGCAGUGGAUACAGAUCUCAGAUGCCGUGUACAGGAUGGUCUACGAGCAGACCCAAGCCCACUUUGAGGCCAUGGCCACCAAGUGUGUGAUGGCCCGGCCAGCCAUGGAGAGCGUCAUCCGCACAGAUAUGGACCAGAUCAUUACCUCCAAAGAGCACUUGGCCAGCAAAAUCCGAGCCUUUAUCCUCCCCAAAGCUGAGGUCUGUGUCCGAAACCACGUGCAGCCUUACAUCCCCUCAAUCCUGGAGGCCCUGAUGAUCCCCACCAGCCAAGGCUUCACUGAAGUUCGGGAUGUCUUCUUCAAGGAGGUCACGGACAUGAACCUGAAUGUCAUCAACGAGGGAGGGAUCGAUAAGCUUGGAGAGUACAUGGAGAAGCUUUCCCAGCUGGCAUACCACCCGGUCAAGAUGCAGAGCUGUUAUGAGAAGAUGGACCAGCUGAAGCUUGAGGGGCUACAGCAGCGAUUUGAUGUUUCCAGUGCAUCCGUAUUCAAACAGAGAGCCCAGAUCCACAUGCGGGAGCAAAUGGACAAUGCUGUCUAUACCUUUGAGACGCUUCUACACCAGGAGCUAGGGAAGGGACCCACCAAGGAGGAGCUGUGCAAAUCCAUCCAGCGCAUCCUGGAGCGCGUGCUGAAGAAAUACGACUAUGAUAGCAGUACAGUGCGGAAGAAAUUCUUCCGGGAAGCCUUGUUGCAGAUCACCAUCCCAUUCCUGCUGAAGAAACUGGCCCCUACCUGCAAGUCGGAGCUCCCCAGGUUCCAGGAAUUGAUCUUUGAAGACUUUGCCAGGUUCAUCCUGGUCGAGAACACGUAUGAAGAGGUCGUGUUACAGACGGUCAUGAAGGAUAUCAUGCAGGCUGUGAAGGAGGCAGCGGUGCAGCGGAAGCACAACCUUUACAGGGACAGCAUGGUGAUGCACAACAGUGACCCCAACCUCCACCUGCUGGCCGAGGGCGUCCCCAUUGAUUGGGGAGAGGAAUACAGCAGCGGCAGCCCAGGGGAGGCAGACCUGUCUGCUGAAAAACGGCGCCGAGCAAAGCAGGUGGUCUCAGUGAUCCAUGAUGAUGAGGCUGGGCUGCCUUAUGAGCCGUGCCCAGAAAUGCUGUCCCCAGGAGGGCCUGAGAAGGAGCCAAUCCCCUACCCUGCAUCCCCAGACAGCGUCACAGAGCUACGGGGCCUGCUGGUGAAAGAGCUCCAGGUGGAGAGCCCCCAGUCUGUUGCUGAGCCACUCACUAAUGGCACGUCCCCUAGAGAGAGCCCCCAGCCCCUGGAGGCUGAGGGGGAGAAAAGUCUUCGCCAACAGGCCUCUCCCCUCAACCACACCCACCACGAGUCAGCCCCUACCAUCCCAAGUGAGGAGGCCGUCUCACCUCCAGCUACCCCCAUCCGACGCCUCCCCUCUGAGGAAGAAGCAGACAGUGAUCACUCCAAGCCCAGUGACAAGGAGACCGGGGAAGAGGUAUCUGGCCAAGGAGGUAACCCAUAUGUCCAAACCACCACAGAAGACAGCACAGGUGUGCAGACUGAGUUUUAGGCCAGAACCUCUCCACUCCCCACCCCAUGGAUUCUGGAUUCUGGUCAGGGGUGUGCACGAUGUGACGCCCUAGCUGCCCCACAGCCCUCAUCUCCAACACCCCCCCCCCCCCCGCAGCGGACACUUAAUACUGCUGAUCUUUUGGAAUGUGACUGACUGGAAUGGAAGCAAGCCAAGCUGGACAGGGGUCGGGGGUUGUUCACUCGAUAUCUAUUGUAAACAUGUCUUGUUCAGGAGUAAUGAGGGGCUGGAGGGUAGAAGGGAAAAUGGGACCCACACUAUUGAAUGGCCCCCUGGUCAGUGCACAUGCCAGCCUUGCAAUCCCCUGAGCCCCAGUUCUUUCAGGACGCCCUAGGGGUUCAUCCUUUCACUCUGCCAUUACAUGAACAUAUAUGUUUAUACGUCAAAGCACACAUGUGGGAGAGUGCAUGCUCCAGUCAGUCACUUUAUCAGGUUAGGAGGUGACCAGUAAGUUAAAUACAAACCUGGCUCAUCCCUCAACCCCUUCCCUGUCCCCUGUGUCCCUUUUUCUGUUUGAGAUUGAGAGGAAGGGAGAUAGAAGAUACCACCUGACCACAGCGGCAGACUAAAUGUCACGAUUUUCCCUUGUUGGCUGGGGGCAGAGGAAGGUGUGAGGGAGAGUCAGGAGGAAACUGGUGCCCAUCCCCAGCUCUUUCCCUGGGCCUCGUUCAGUGCCUGCCUUGACAUCAUGCUAUCGGUACCGUAUUAAAGAUUGCAGCUUAGCUGGGAAGCUGCCCUUUUCUGGCCCAUUCUUUCAGACAAAAAGCUUCCUUCCUUUCUCUUCCUUCCCUUCUCCCCCAAAGGAAUAGGAGAGGGGCAAAAAAAAGAAGCUAAAGUAUUCUAGAAUCCACUCAAAGCCAAGCGGUUCCUGAGACUGGAGAAGGAUCUAGCUUCCUUGAGCACUGAGCUACCCUAUUUUAGCCUUUCCUCUCCUCUCCUCCCCUCUUCUCCAUCCAGGAGUGUUUUCCCCAGGCACUUGAAGCCUCUGGCCCUCAACUGUUUUCAGCUGGAGGGACUGGCCAUGAGUGAUAUCCUCAGUGUCUGUCUGCCUUCUAAGCCAGCAAGUUACCUUUCUUCCAAAGGGAGGUGACAUGAUAGCCAUGGCAGAAGCUUCUUGGUCUGAACCAGCUCCCCCACUGAAAACUCCCUGCCUUAUCAGGACUGGUACCGCCAGGGGUUGUUGAUCUGUCCGGGAGAGAGACCUGCUAACUCUGGCACAGAUGUAUGUGUUAGGGGGUAAGCAUGGAUAGGGAUGUAGCCCUAUUUUCUAGUUCUGGGGGAUGGAGUUUUGUUGCAUCCAGUCUGAGGUGGGAGAGACACAUUCCCUUGGUCCAUUGUAAUAGUUCUUAAGGAAACAAUUUAUCCAUUGAAGUGUAUCAGGAGACUUUAGGCCUAGUGUUGGGGAAGAGAAAGAUUGUCUGGUGCAUGAAUUCUAAAGGAAGGAGUAUUUUAGAUGCUAGGUCUCAUCCCAAGACAAAUAUCAAUUGUCUUAAAGUUGGGCUUGUGGGUGAAGUGGUGGGUUAGGUCUCAACAUAUGACUUGGGAGGUUGAGGGUGGCAGAGUUAAAGUGUUAGACGAGAGAAAGGGAUUUGGUCAGGGAUAGAGGUGGAGGGUGGCGUGUUUCUAUGAGGGGUGAGCUGGGAGAAUUGUUCGUGUGACGUGAGAAUGAAGCCAGGAGGGCACGUAAGGAUGUGAACUAGGAACAGAGUCAGGAAGACAUGCAGAGAGUGUAUGACCUGUAGCAUCCCAAGGCCACAUGGGACCUCAGGAAAGGAGGCAGCCUUGGUUACAGGGAGUAGCUCUUCUGGAGGCAUGGCAAAGGGGGAGACUGUGUUCAAGUGAGUGUCUGAUCAGGGGUGGGGAGAAUUCCAGCCAUCCUGGGUUAGGGAAGUAGAGGCAGGUGUUAUCUGGAAUUCCAUAAGGGCAGAGCUGUUUUGUGUCACUGGUAGGUUGUAUGCAGUGAGGAAAUUGUCCUGUUUACUUCCCUUGGUCACCAAGCCAAGCCUCAGCACCAUCCCCAUCCCAUUUUUGGAACUCGGGGUUUUGUUUUGCAUGUGAUCAGUUCUGUGGCAUUGUCUCUAUAUUUCUUUCCCUUCCUUCAUGCAUUCUUAUUUCUUAUGGGGAAGAGGCCGUGGUCUCUUGCCUUCUAAAAAAUAAUUGGCCAUGGUCAAUUGCCUUUUUAAAAGAGAGGAAAGACCAAAAGAGUUGAAUCUGCUUGGGUAAGGGAAUCUUUUCUGUAUUUCACCCCCAGCUAAUCUGAGAGAAUAAAUGCUUCAUGCUUUCCCAAUAUCCAGAUCUCACAUGUCCACACAAAUAAAAACUGACUUUAGGGGAACUGUGGAUUCACCGACCACUACAGGGGCCUGCUAAAUGCUUAUGGAUGGAGCCUCCCAAGCUCUGUAGGAGAGAUCUGCAUCCCAGGCAUGUGACUCAGAGGUUCUCGGUAUCAGCUUUGGUCUGGCACACACACAGUACACUCACCAGGUGAUCUUAGUCACCGCAUCCGCUCAGCCCGAGCUGCCUGGCUUUUUUUAUACAUCAUCAUGUGUUAACUCUUGGCACUGCAAUUGACUUCCGUUUUUAUCGGACCCUUAUUCCUAAAAAGUUAUUCUGGAUUUGGGACGGGCGAGAUCACGGUGAGUCCUCUGUGAGCUGUGCUAGUAUCCAUCUGUACUCACAGACACCCCUUGACCAGUAAUGGGCUGUACUUGAUCACAUUCCUCUUCUAAUGGAGAAGAAAACCAAGGAAAAGACUGGCUUCUUCAGGAUGUGGCUUGGACGCAGGCCAGGGAAGGAAAUUCUCCUCCCCCCUUAGUCCCUCCCUUCCCUACCCCCUCCCCCAGACCCAUCACAUCCUGUGUUGGAGCAAACCAGCUUCCUGAGGCUGGGGGCAAGUUAGGGGCUGGUUCACAUUUCCAUCCUGGGCAAAAGUCUUGGGAACAUGGGGAGGAGCCAGAGGAUCCUUUCAAGGGCAAUGCAAAGCCAUGUGGCCCAGUGAGUGCUGAAACGCAGGGUCCUGGAAUUAACUCCCUGAAAUGGACAGCUGAUACUUCUAAGCACACUAUGAAUCUAACCCGAUUCUUCUACAAACAUUCCGUUUUUUAAAAUGCCUUGUAAACUUCUUCCUUUUUCUUACUGGGGGUCCAGCCUGAACCACUCGGGACCCCCUUACAAGUGCCUUCCCUUGGGUUAUUUCCAAUCUGCCUCUUUCAAGAUAUUGUAUUGAAAAUAUUAUACAAAAUGUUUAUGCUUGUACUAAUUAAUAAAUGCUUUAUUUAAAGCCA